AUGGGGACGAGAGGUGGCCGGGGCUGCCGUCACCUCGGGGACCUGCCCGCCCCGGCCCCGCUGCAGGAGGGGCACUCGGGGCCGCUGGCAGGGCAGGCGGGCAGCAGGGAGCCCCGUGGGCUCGGCGAUGAUGCCCCGGACCCCAAACUCACCGGAGGCAGCCUGGCCGUGGGGGCCGAGCCCGCAGCCCCCCCCACGUACCCCGACUCUGCCCCGGAGCUGCUCCCCACAGCCGCCAGCCCCACGGCUGACCCCAGCCAGGAGUGGAGGGUGGUGAAGAUCAAGAGAGUCCUCAUCAACCCCGCCGGCGAGCCGAGGAAAGCGAGUCUCUCCCGCAGCUCCAGCCUCUCGGAGAAGGAGCUGAAGGAGGCGAAGGCGCGGAGCCGCAGGAUCGUGGCGCAGCUCACCACGGCGCCCGGCCCCAGCUCCAAGGGCGUGCUCCUCUUCCACCGCCGCAAGCAGCGCGUCGACGGGCUCACCGGCACCGGCACGGGGCAUGGCACGGGGCUGCCGCUGAGCCCGGUGCCUCGGCAAGGAGCCAUGGAGGAGGGCGAGGGGCACGGCACGCGGGGGACACCGCCAGAGCCUGGCGAUGCGCAGCAGGUCCCGCUGAGCGUCUACCUGAAGGAGAACAUGGCACCGGCCGCCACCAACGGCCUGCACGAGAGGGAGCGGGCAGAGGGAGAGGCAGGGGGGCUCGGGGGGAUGCAGGAUGGCGUGGGGGUGAGCGUGGCUGCUCCCGUCCCACCACAGAGCACGCACAUCCCCGAGCAGAAGAACGGCGAGGUGCUCGGUGCGCCCACGGGGACAGGCCACGCAUCUGUGGGGACGGCCAGCAUGACCAUAGGGACAGGGAAUGCACCUGUGGGGACAGUCAGUGUGCCCGUGGGGACAGGCAACGCACCUGUGGGGACAGCCAGCAUGACCGUGGGGACAGGCAACGCACCCGUGGAGAUGCCCAGCGCGCCCUUGGGGACAGCCAGCGUACCCAUGGGGACAGCCAACACACCGAUGGGGACGGCAAACGCACCCAUGGGGACAGCCAGUGAACCCAUGGGGACAGGCAGCGCACCCAAAGGGAUGGCCAAUGCAUCCAUGGGGUUGCCCAGUGCACCCAUGGGGACGGCCAACGCAUCCAUGGGGACAGCCAGCGUGCCCAUGGGGAUGCCAAGUGAGCCCAUGGGGACGUCCAGCUCACCCAUGGGGACAGCCACCCCCUCCGGGCAGGCUCAGAACGGCACACGGGGCAGGCAGUACUACGAGGUCCACCUCACCCUGGCCAAGCCCAAGCCCGUGAAGAACCGGACAGCCAGGCCGUUUGGCACCCAGACGCCCACCACACCAAGCCAGGGGCCAAGCCAGCCCCCCGAGAGAGCCCCCGCCACCACCACCGAGCUGCCCCCGCCGCCCACCUACGCGGAGACGCUGGGCAGCCCCCCACCCCUCAGCAGGGUCCGCUCGCCCCCUGCCUACUCGGCCCUGUACCCCCCCGUCGAGCAGAAGGUGCUGCAGAGCCCCGUCCACAGGGCGGGGGCAGUUCCCCCCCUGCCCAAAACGGGCAUCCUGGAGGAGUCGGCGGCCCGCAGGGCCCACAAGAAGUCCAUGUUCACCUUCGUCGAGAAGCCGAAGCUGGGCCCCAACCCCGACCUGCUGGAUUUGGUGCAGAGCGCGGACAGCAGGAAGAAGCAGAAGGAGCACGGCGAGCCCGGUGCCGAGGACGAGCCCUUCGCCCUGGGGGCAGAAGCCUCCAACUUCGUCCCCAGCAGCGCGGCCAGGGGCGGGCAGCACCUCCCGCCGGCCGACGAUGCUCCGGCGUGGUCGUCCUGCCUCAAGUCCCCCAGCAUCCAGCCGAAGCCGAAGCCGCAGCCCAGCCACAACCUCACCGAAGCCAGAGGGAAGGGAGCCGAGCUCUUCGCCCGCCGGCAGUCCCGCAUGGAGAAGUUCAUCAUCGAGGCUCCCUCCCAGCCCGACCUGCUCCGCUCCCCAUCGCCCACCAUGUCCCUGCCUCCCUCCUGGAAGUACGACACCAACGCUUGCCUGUCGCCCAUGGUCUCCAGGCACCCCGUCAAGAGUCCCUGCAGGCCCUCCAAAACCCCCCCGGCGUCUCUUUACGGCGGCGCCCUGACGGAGAACGAGGUCUCCCAGAAGGAGCUGGAGCUCUCCAAGCACCAGCCCUACCAGCUCCAGUCUUCGCUCUUCAUCCUCUCCCCAUCCAAAGGGCCGCCGAGCUCCGUGCCCCGGGAGGUGCCACCGCCCCGACCCUCCCUUCCCGACGCCUACCCCUGCCUGCAGCGAACGUCCUGCCCGACCUCUCCGUUGCCUCCUUCCCCUGUUUGGCACCCUCCUGCCGUGCCCGGGGCCGGCGGGGCGGCCUCCGGCCCCUUCCCCAGUGCCACCGGGGCUCUGCCCCUGCCCCCGGGCAGCCUCCCCGCUCCCGCAGCCCCGGCGGAGCUGCUGCUGGCCUCGCCGUGCCGCCGAGUGAAGGGCGGCUUCCAGGCGCCCCGGCCCUCCUACUCCACCAGGAACGCGGGGAUCGAGCCGCAGGACAGGCGGCCGUCCCUCCCCGCCUCGCCCACCUGGACGCCCCGGUCUGCGCGGCGCCAGGGCAGCCUGGACGGCUGGGCCAGCCCGGCCUCGGUGCCCGAGCUGGACGAGGGCCCCCCCAGGUCCCCUCCGUGGAGCGAGCGGUCGCUGUCCCCGCUGCGGCAGGACGCCGACCCCCGGGCCAGCCGGCAGAUGCAAGCGCGGCUCGCCAGGAACAUCAUCAACGCUGCCCGCAGGAAGAGCUCCUCGCCCAAAGCCGUGGGGACGGAGGGCUCCCGGCCCUUCACCCCCCCGGCCACCAGCCCCCGGGCCGUGGGGUCCCCCAGCUUGCCGCGGUCCCCCCGGCCGGAGGGGUGCAGAGCCCCGGCCCCGCAGGCUGCCACCUCCGCCUGCAGCGUGCUGGCCGCACCGGGCAGCCCCUCGCCCACCUACAAGAGCCCCCUGCCAUCGCCCCGGGUGGACGGGUCCCGCUCCUGUGCCUCCCCCGGGGUGUCCCGAGCCACCUGGGCAGAGGGACGCCGGCUCCUGCUGUCACCCGGCGCUGCCGGGCUGUCCCCGACCCCCAAGAGCCCCCUGCCAUCGCCGGUGGUGGGCGCGCGGUCCCCCGCCAAGCGCUACAGCUCCCGGUCCCCGACGGACUCGGACGUCUCCCUCGACUCCGAAGACUCGGGGGCCAAGAGCCCGGGCAUCCACAGCUUCAACCUGUGUCCCCGCGGCUGGACCGGGAGCCUGCGGCUGAAACCGGGGGGGCUGCCUUCGGGGGCCCCCUGCACCUCCUAGAGCAGCCAGCCCCGGCCACGCCGUGCCGCCAGCCCCCCUGUGGUGCCACCCGAGGGGGUCCCCAGGCAGGGAGAGGCACGGACACGGGCUGGGGAUGCGCGGAGCGUCCCCGUCCCCAUCGGCGUGCCGCCGGGGUCAGCUGCCUCCCACCUGCCCGCGGUCCCAUGGCCCAGCUCUAUUUUUACCAGGCUAACCUUUCGGGGCAGGACUGCGUGGUCAGCAGGGCGAGCAGGGCAGCUGGCGGGGGGGACGCAGCCCCUGGACGUCCCCUGUGCCCGGCGCCCCCCAGCUCUGGUUUCCCAGGGUGGCCCUGGCGGCGCUGGCACCCGCGGGGUCACCGCGCACCCCUCAGGUGGGUGCCGUGGCCGGGACACCCUGCCCCAGCAGGGUCUGACCCUGCGGGUCCGGCUGCUUUCAGCCAAAACCAGAUCUCGAGGGGGAAACAUUCAUGUUUUAUUCCCCCGAUCCCCAAAUCCUGCUUGCUUUUUUUUUUUUUUUCAACCUUUGACCCUAUCUCCACGCAAUUCCCCCCAAAUUCUUCCCCGGUGACGACGAAGAGAGCCAAAGUUAUUUAUUGCCAUGCCGAGGGCACCGUGGGCAGGUUUCCUCCCGCUGCGCCCGGGCAGAGAGAGGGCCAGCGCCACCCCCGGCACUGUCACUGUCCCCAGCCCUGUCACUGUCCCCAGCCCCGGGCUCACCCCAUCCCCACCCUGCGGGACCGAGGGACGGAGGGCGCAGCGAUGGGGGGGCUGUGGGGGUCAGAAGGAAGCGGUACAGGUGGCAGAGGGUUUGAGGGAGGUCUCGGUGCGGGAGGUGAUGCUGAGAGGUCUCAGGGACAGGUCGGGGUCCCCACGGGAGCCAGCUCCCUGCACGGGGCAGAGCUCGAGGGCACAGCGCUGGUGGCUGGGUGCGCAGGGUGAUGGGGAGAGGGGGCAGCAGGGUGGGCACCGUUACGUGGCAGAGCCCGGGGAGGGCAAUAACGGGCCCCCACAGUGCUUCCCC